AUGAGUCUUGAUACACAAAAACUUGAUACUAAUCAACGUCAACAGAUCAUGGCUUCAGUACAACAACAAUUAGCUAUUCAAAAUGCUCAAGAACUUCUUCAAAAAUUAUCUGAUAAAUGUUUUAAAGCUUGUGUUCAAAAACCCGGUAGUACUUUAUCUAGUUCUGAACAAAAAUGUAUUAGUCAAUGUUCUGAUCGAUAUAUGGAGGCAUGGAAUAUUGUUUCGCGAGCAUAUGCUGAACGAAUUAAACGUGAAACUAAUCGUCAUUGA